AGGAGAUCAGGAGGAGGAGGAGGAGGAGAGGGACAGAGAUCAAUGCAGGAUCAAUCUCCAGUCGCUCCUGAGAGAAUGGGUCGCAGUGAGGAGCUCAGUGACUUUCAGCGGGGCACUGUUGUUGGAUGCCACAUGUGUAAAAAGUCAGUGCGUGAGAUUUCCGCCCUGUUAAACCUGCCUCGCUCCACCGUGAGCUCCGUGAUUCUCAAGUGGAAACGUGGAGGAAUAACGACGGCUCUGCCCCGGAGCGGCCGACCACACAAGCUCAAAGAGGAGGACCGUCAAGUGCUGGAGAGAGUGGCGCUGGAGAAGUGUCUGCCCUCGGUGGCGGCUCUCACCACCGAGUUUCAAACCGCCUCCGGAGCCAGUGUGAGCUCCAGGACUGUCCGCCGGGAGCUCCACGAGAUGGGUUUCCGUGGCCGAGUGUCCACAUACAACAAGCCUAAAGGGGAAAAGGUGGAAAAAAAGCAGGCACCCUCCAGCCAAGAGGAUGCCAGGGUGGACGUGUCUCGUCUGGACCUGCGUGUCGGACGUAUCCUCACAGCCCUGCACUAUAAAGAGACUGAUAGUCUGUACGUGGAGCAGGUGGACGUGGGAGAGGCUACUCCCAGGACAGUGGUCAGCGAACUGGCACAGCACAUACCAGUGGACCAGAUGCAGAACCGCAUGGCAGUCCUGCUUUGUAACUUGAAGCCGGUCAAGGUGAGAGGAGUCGUGUCCCAGGCUACAGUCAUGUGCGCCAGCUCACCAGUCAAGGUUGAAAUCCUUGAUCCUCCAAGUGGAGCAGUACCAGGGGACAGAGUUACUUUCCAGGGAUUCCCAGGUGAACCAGAUAAAGAGCUGAAUCCCAAAAAGAAGGUUUGGGAGCAGAUUCAGCCAGACCUACGCACGGACAGACAGUGUGUCGCAACUUACAAAGGAGCUGCCUUUGAAGUCGUCGGCAAGGGAGUUUGCAAAUCCCAAACCAUGAGCGACAGUGAAAUCAAAUAAACCAGCAGAGCUGCUGGAAAUAGCUCGGUCUAAAACGAUGUGGAAAGCCUUCCCAGAGGAGUGGAGGCUGUGGUAGCAACAUAUUAACGCCCAUGGUUGUGGGAUGAGAUGUCCAUUAAUCACAUGGGUGUUAUAUUCAAGUGUCCACAUACUUUUGUAGUGAAAGCCAAGGAUAAAAUGAUGAGGAGUAUAGUACCCUCUGUUGGACAGAUAUGAGCAUUACUGGUACAUUUUUUAUUAUGAAAAUCUGUAGUUUUGAAUUUUGCCAAAGGAGGGCACUACAGUACCCGUGAUAAUGUACAGUACAUGUGUGGGAAUUUGUUGAAGUGAGACAUGAGAACACACACAACACACAGUCAUAUCAAGCAUGGUGAAAACAAAAGGGAAUUUCUUCAGAAGCGCCCCAUUUAGUUGGGGAGUAUCUGAUAAAAUAGAAAAGCUUUCCCCGUGAUACUACAGAGAUCAUUUCCACUGAACCGUGGAUGAAACGCAACAGUGCAGAAUUCCCAUUGAAAAAAGGGACUUUUAAGAGUUUUACUUUCUUUUGACAGUAUGACAUGAGCUCAGAAGGACUUCAUUUACUUAUUGUAUGAAGUCAAUUCUGUGUUUAAGUCUGAUUCUGGCAAAUAAUGGAAAUGAGUCAGUGCGUUAUGUGUCAGUAUAGAGUACAUGUGGACAGUUUUAUUUGAGAGAUGUGUCCUACUUCUAAUACAGUGUUCUUCAUUGACCCUGCUUUUAUUUAUCUACAGUUUCCAGUGAAUCCCAGGAUACUGAUAACUGACAAAAGUGGAUGUUAAUUUACUGUUUCUUCACCCAGUAACUUUUGUAUCCAACCUGCUAUGUCAAAUCUACCCUUAACAUGUUGUAACAAGCGAGUUAAACUAUACCUUUUAUAUGUCCUACUUACUAGAACAUGUUUCUGUUUCUUCAGCUUCCCACAUGAUUGUUAAUGAGCCUGAGCUUAUCUCCUAAGAAAAAAAUACACCGACCUAUUUUUGGUUUUAAAAGAAGCUUUUUUAUUCAUUUUCCCUUUGGGAGGAGGGGAGAAAACCCAAGUCAGUAAAAUGCCCAAAAAUGAAAAACACAAACACGCAAGGUUUUUCUUCCCUUAUUUUAAAGGAAGAACUGAAAAAAUACAUGUAAAGAAUAGGGAUGUGAUCCAGGAACUAAGAAGUGGAACAGACUGUCUGAGACACAAUGUUGCUGGUGAUUGUUUGACCGGAGGGAACGAUACCACCCUUUUGAUAAACAAUAAAUACAGUUCAUUGCCACUGAGGAAGCUAUAAAUCUUCUUUCCUAGAAGCCAGAGGAAAGCUCAAAGGUUUCUCAUAAAAGAGAGGACGUAUCACUCUUACAGUGAAGUGACUGCAUACGUUCUUAAUGGUAUUUAUCCUAUUGUGUAUUCCACCAAACACUGCAUUUCAUUUGUAUGUUUCUAACAGUUGUGAUGAGGCGAGUAAAGAUGUUUUUGUAAGAAAGCAGUAGAAAGGCAGACCAGGGUGUUCUUCAUCUCAUGCUCUGGUGUGUGUGUGUUGACUAAUACCACAGGUUGACAUUAAUAAAACCACUUUAAUAUCAAAA